AUGGCUUCCAACAACAGAUUUCAGCCUGGCGGUCGCCAUGUGCACGUAGCAGGUGAAAACUACCGCUCCAACAGUCCCUCCCGACCCGUCAGUCCCGGACCCGUCGACGAAACAGCAUCCGAUUACUUCAACCCCAUCAGCCAAGCGCCCUCUCAAACCUCCUUAUCUCGCUACCCAUCGCAGAAUCCAUCGCAAGCAUCGCUUUCCGCAUUUCCUUCCUAUCAAGAUCCUACGAGUAUAAACACGGCCUACAACCAGCAAAACCCGCCACCCGCGAGACGCAGACCUCCCGUCGACCAGGCGCGUCAACCUAGCAUUCGCAUCCGCCGCAGCUCCAACGGGUCUGUCUACUCCAACUAUAGUUUUGAUGGAUUCAGCGAUGAUGGGAGACCGCGGAGUGUGUCGCAGCCCGAGAGGGCGAGGACGCAUGAUGGACCGGCGUUAGCGCGGCAUUCGCGGAGAGUGCCACAGGCCGCGAUGCCGAGAUUGACGGAGGAAGGUGGUCGACCUAGUAUGGCGGAGUUGGGGAUCAGUGAUGAUGAUCGUGCCAUGUCGCCGACGGCGUCGCUCCCUGAUGAUGCGAUACGGCCGAAACAAGGGAGAUUGAGACGAGCGAGUCGCUUCUUUUGGCCGGGAAAUCAUCGACGACAGGGUGGCGAUGAUACCAUGGCUGUGCCUAUGCGCAACCGUGAUGAUAACCCUAACCCCGACGAUGAAUACGACCAGAACCUGGUAGACUGGCUCGAUGUCAUUGAUCCCGAAGUUCAAACCCUCUCCACCCUCACAAACGUCCAAAACUCCCUCUUCGUUCCCGAUCUCGGAAAAUGGGUCAACCGCCGACCAACAUACGCUCUCUCUCGUCAUGACCCCCAAGCCGAAUGGGCCCGUGGUGCUGCCGCCGAAGAACGUCGUCGCGAAGCAGCCCAAGAGGAUCGUGCCCAAACACCCGCCGUCCCCGAAACAAUCAACGAAGAUCCCCCACCUAUGCAACGAAGCAGCACUAUUACUUCUCGUCUUACCGAGUCGCACUACGCUGCUCUUCCACACGGAACGACUCUUGAGGGAUGGACGCCCGAGGAGAAAGCUGAGCUGGAUGAUCAUGUGCGACACAUGUUGCACUCUCGCCGCGCCCGAUUCAAGCGUCGCAUGAAGGGUUUCGGACAAUAUGUUCGUCGACCGCUGGGUUUCCUCGUCACCCUUUACGCCACUCUCAUUACGCUCUUCGGUCUGGCCUGGGUUCUCUUCCUCAUCGGCUGGAUUUACGUCGGCGACAAGCAAUCCUAUCUUGUCCACAUCAUCGACAGUGUUCUGGUCGCCCUGUUUGCCAUCAUGGGUGAUGGUCUUGCUCCUUUCCGCGCGGUCGAUACGUACCACAUGUUCUUCAUCUGGCGUCUUUCGCGCUUAAUCAAGAGAGCCGAGGAGGGUAAGAAGCCUCGGAAUCGAUUACAGAAGAAGCGUGUGCCCCAAGGAGUCCCGACAAGUCUCGAAGAUUCGCAUUUGACGGGUCAUCAAGCUCGUGUUCUUCUCGAUGCGCAGAACUACAAUCCCGAACGAGACGGUACGCUCCAAACGGAACACCAAGUUCCCGAACCCCAGCCCGAAAGUCCCGAGGAGAUCGAUCUCGAACACGCCAAGACGAACGGCCCUGAAGAAGAUCAGCCAGCUCUUACCUUUGCACAGUUCAAGAAACUGCAGCACCAUCAAAAGAAGAUGGCCAAAUCGCACAGUUUCUACAAGCCGCACGAAACAUUCACCCAUUUUGCCUUUCCACAGAAGUACCUCAUCGCCAUCGUCAUUCUUCUGGACUGCCAUUCCUGUCUGCAGAUUUCUCUGGGUGCAUGCACAUGGGGUAUCGACUACCACACCCGUCCCUUUGCCAUCACGACUGUAAUUCUCUGCGUCAGUAUCACAUGCAACAUCACCGCCGGUCUACUCAUCAGUCGUGGCGAUCGCAAGACGCGCAAGAAGGAUGUGUGGGAGUUGCUGGACAGACAAGAACUUACCCAAGACGCCAUCAAGCACAUGGAGAAGAAGAAGGAAGAAGAAGAAAAGGAGCAGCGCGAAAAGGAAGAAAAGGAACGCAAGAAGGAGGAGAAGGAAGAGAAAGAAAGACAGAGUAUGAGUUUGGACAGAGACGGUGAAGUUCCCAGCGUGAGCAAGGAGUUUAAAAAGUUGGUCAAGUCGUCGCGAUCAAGCGAGAGUGGUUAA